CAGAGCUUCUUCCUUUACUUUUCUUUAUAAAUACAAAGAGAGGUUUCUUGUUUUUCUGCCACUCGUGCUGGUAGUUAGUUGUUUAGCAGGUUUAUUGGUUGGUUUUUGGGGUUGGGGUUUUAAAGUUUAUAGUAAUAGUGUUGUGUUACUUUUCAGGUUGACAGUUUCCAAAAUGGCUUCUUCUUCUUUAGCAACCACAGCCAUUUUUGUUUUUCUGUUAAGCUUUACUACCCCUUUGUUUCUUGCUAAACCUGUACACCAUUCCCAUCAUCAUCGUUUUGCUUCUCAUAACUAUAGAGAUGCACUUGCCAAAUCCAUUAUUUAUUUUGAGGGUCAGAGGUCAGGGAAACUACCUUCUAGUCAGAGGAUUACUUGGCGUAAAGAUUCUGGUCUUUCAGAUGGCAAAGCCAUGGGUGUCGAUUUGGUUGGUGGAUAUUACGACGCUGGAGACAACGUGAAGUUCGGUUUCCCAAUGGCAUUCACCACCACAAUGCUGUCAUGGAGUGUGAUUGAAUUUGGUGGAUUGAUGAAAGGAGAGCUAAACAAUGCUAAAGAAGCCAUUGGCUGGGCUACUGAAUAUCUUCUCAAGGCCACUGCCCAUCCAGACACCAUUUAUGUUCAGGUAGGGGAUGCAGGAAGGGACCACUCUUGUUGGGAGAGACCUGAGGAUAUGGACACCCCAAGAAGUGUGUUCAAGAUUGACAAAAACACCCCCGGGACAGAGGUUGCUGCCGAGACUGCUGCUGCUCUGGCUGCUGCUUCUUUAGUCUUUAGAAAAUGCAACCCAUCUUACUCCAAGCUACUACUCAAAAGGGCCAUCAGGGUGUUUGCUUUUGCGGAUAAGUACAGAGGUUCAUACAGCAAUGGGCUGAGAAAAGUAGUCUGCCCCUAUUACUGCUCAGUUUCUGGAUAUGAGGAUGAGCUGUUGUGGGGUGCUGCUUGGUUACAUAGAGCUACAAGGAACCCGACUUAUCUCAAUUAUAUCCAAAGAAACGGGCAAAUUCUUGGGGCUGCGGAGACUGAUAACACAUUCGGGUGGGACAAUAAGCAUGUUGGAGCAAGGAUUCUUCUUUCCAAGGCAUUUCUUGUUCAAAAGCUUCAAUCUCUCCACGAUUACAAGAGUCACGCAGACAACUACAUUUGCUCUCUAAUUCCAGGCACAUCGGCUUCUCAGGCUCAAUAUACACCAGGAGGGUUACUCUUCAAGAUGGAUGACAGCAAUAUGCAGUAUGUGACCUCCACUUCUUUCCUGCUAGUCACCUAUGCCAAGUACUUAACCUCUGCUCGCAUGGUUGUUAAAUGUGGUGGAGUUGUUAUUACCCCAAAGAAGCUUCGAAAUGUAGCCAAAAAGCAGGUGGACUAUCUGUUAGGAGAUAAUCCAUUGAAAAUGUCAUUUAUGGUGGGAUACGGAGCUAAGUAUCCGCAGAGGAUUCAUCACAGGGGAUCCUCAUUGCCCUCGGUCUCGACACAUCCAGCAAAGAUACAAUGCAGGUCCGGUUUCAGUGUGAUGAGUUCACAAGCACCAAACCCGAAUGUACUUGUGGGGGCCGUGGUGGGUGGUCCGGAUGAGCACGAUCGUUUCCCAGACGAGCGUUCAGAUUAUGAGCAAUCUGAACCAGCCACUUACAUUAACGCUCCGCUAGUUGGAACACUCACUUACCUUGCUCACUCAUUUGGCCAACUCUAAGUCAAGUGUAGAAUCAAGAAUGAAGCCAUGUUGGUCUUUUUUUUCUACUUGCUUUGUUACUAGUAAGAUAAUAGUAGUAAUUUAAUUAAUAUAUAGGUCCUAGUCCUAUUGGUGAUGUACUGGUGUGGUGGGUGUAUUGGCCGAGACCCAAAAAAAAGAGGCUCGAGCCCCCAACCAACCCCCCCCCCCCCCCCCCCAAAUUAUGCACAGGCAAAUGCUGUUUCAUUUUUAGUAUUGGCCUUGGAGCAUAUGUUAUCAGUUUUAUUAAUAUUACUAUAGUGGAAAUUCUUGUUUUAACUGUCAUGCUAUGAUUCCACUUUUGGCUUUGUGUAAAUUUAAACUUUGGAAGGUUAUAGGAUAACAUCAUCUGAA